CCCCUCGUCCCCUGUCUCACUUCUAUCCCUCCCUUCUCCGCUUCAACGAUACCAUUACACCCCUGUGCUGUGUCCGUGGUAUCGCCGCUUCAGUGCUGUUCCUACUGCUGCGGUAGUCUGUCCAGUUGCAUCCUUUUUGGGUUCUCAUCAAUUACGUCGUGUAACAAGGACAUAGCCCACGCUACCCCAGACCGAUCACCUGCAUACAUAUCGUGCACAAACUCCAUCCCAACCAGACGGUCAACACAUCUCUCACCUUCCUCUUUACCCCCUCCUCGUCCUCUACCCUCCCGCCCGAUUCCCUUCUUCUAAACAAGGCACAAAGCUUUAAAACGUGAACAACAACGAUGAGCCGCCGUUCUCCGCCUCCGGGCUCAUCGGCUCGCUCAACAUUCAAUAGGCUCAGGGACUCUAUGCCAGAUAGGUUCAACACCAUACAGAACAAAAUUGAGAGCAAAAUAGCCUGGGUUCCGGAUAAGCUAUCCCAGGUCCCGGACAAGCUGUCUCAAGUUCCCGACAAACUCUCCCAGGUCCCGGAUAAGUUCCAAGACUUCCGGCGCGAGACAUACAAUCAGCUACCCGGAAGCAUUUCCCCGCCUCCGGCAGCAAAGGCACCGGAAGAAGGGGAUCCCAAAUAUGAUCACGCCCUAGCCGGGUUGGCCGCGAAGAUUCUCUACAGGGCUGGUGCCUGUCCGGUUAGUGGCGGGCCGCUGUUAGUUCUCUGUGCGGCUAGUUUUCCGGACACUAGACAGGUGGAUUAUAACGAGCUAUUGCCAUACGUGCUGAGUAUUCUACCCGGAGACGACGAGCUCGGCGAGGAGAGUGAUGGUGGCGGAUAUUCUGUUGUGUUUUUCGCCGGUGGUGGCAGUGCCAACGUUGGCGGCAAAGAAGGAGGGGUGAAUGCGGGAAAAGGGAAUAGACCAUCUUGGGCGUGGACGUUACAGGCUUAUCAUCUGUUAGGGAGAGCCUUGAAGAAGAGAAUUCGAAAGCUAUGGGUUGUUCAUGAAAGGGCGUGGGUUAGGGUCAUCUUGGAAGUAAUGGCGGGGGUGGUAUCCGUCAAGUUCAGGGAGAAGGUCGUUCACCUAAACACCCUCACCGAUCUGGCAAACCAUAUCGACAUUACCCAACUUCACAUCCCUCCGGCGGUGUACCUACAUGAUCGAAAGCUUGCCGCAACAAUCUCAAUUCCGGACCCCCCCCCUCCAAUAUUUGGGUGCCCACCCUUCCAUACCGCUGCCAACCCACCACGAGUUGGCGAAAACAUGCCACUUCCACAAGUCUUGGUAGAUACUGCGCGUUAUUUGAGAUCACAGUGCUUAUGUGUGGAAGGACUUUUCCGAGUGACUCCGUCCCAGGCCCUGCUCGAUGUCGUCCGGGAAGCGUAUGACCGCAGGCAAUAUAUCAAAUGGGAUGAGUGGGGUCCACAUAUGGCAGCAGCUUUAGUUAAGCUAUAUUACCGCUCCCUUCCAGAGCCUCUUGUCCCGGUGAGGUUCUACCAGGAUUUGAUAUCAUUCGAAGAGGCGGGGCUUGGUGAUGAAAAGGCAUUCCUGAAGGUGAAGGAUCUGCUAGAGGAUGGCUUACCCAAGAGCAGUAGAGUCCUUCUAUUGCGGCAUCUAUUGCCUUUGCUCGCGCUGGUUGCACAGAAUUCGGCGGUAAACAAGAUGAGUCCAAUCAAUUUGGCCGUUUGCGUCGCGCCAAGUUUAUUAAAGUCGGAUGAUAUGAUGGCUGAUGCAAAAGCUUGUAAUGGCUUGAGGACUUUUAUCCAAAUAGCUAUCGAGAGGAUCGAAGAGCUGGCGCCGGAGCUGCCAAAUAGGGGCGGCCCGGUACGUCGUAGCAGCGGGAGCAGCUCAAGCUUGAUCGAGGUGCCGCCGCCCUCGGGGUCUCCCCCACCGUAUUCGAUGGGUAGUAUGCAGCCUGUUCAGAGGAAAAGGCUUCCGGGUAUCAUGGGCACGAAGGAAAUGGAGGGCGGAAUGACCGCUCGGAAACCGGUCUCCGGCAGUGCUUCUAGUUCGGUCACACAUCUCCCCCCAACUAGCGAACCGGAUGAGAGGCAAUUGAUUGAACCCGAAGAGCAAAGGGAAGAUACAAAACGCUCUCCCACUCCAGGACUCUCGGCCGAUGAGGAACUCCCCCGGAGGGGCUCCGCUCCGUCAAUCCCCACAAAAUCGAGUGAAGGGGCACUACAGAGGAAAGCAUCAUUCCAGAGUUUUACAAACAACCCACCCGAAAUAGGUCCGAAACCCCCAACCCUCACACCGUCAUCUUUGAUCCCCGACCCAUCAUCACCAUCACCCCACCUUUCUACAUCAUCAUCCCCUAUUACGAAGCCACCGCGUGUAAUACGCCGUGCAGCUUCUUCCACAUUCCCCUCGUCAUCACUGCGCUCCUCGUCGUUUUCAUCCCCAUCCGUCGCCGAUAUCGCCAACUCGCUAAAUCAAUCCCAGGUACAGAAGAACGUCCAGCUCAAGAGCCGGACACCACCGCCCCCGACUAUGCAGAGGGCGAAAACUGAGGUUGGAAGUAUGAAGGGACGAGGUAAAGUUGUCGAGGAGUUGAGGGCUUUGUACGAGGAACGGGCCAAAGGUGUUGAAGUGCUUGUUAGAAACACACCUAGCAGGCUUAAGGGGAGGGGGGGGCAGUGAUCCAAGUCGGUUGGGCUAAGAUGGCAUGAGCGAACGAUGGAUUGGUGUUUUCAGUUUGGUCUGUUUUACUUUUUCUUUUUAUGCCUUAAUAUCCCCGUCUCAAGCGUUCAUGAUCGCGAUGCACUGCAAAUUGUGUGAUAUGGUGUUUGAUGGUGGCGGUAGGAUUGCAGUUCAUGCGGAGGUAAUGAGAAUCUGGAAGAGGGAGACGGGGUGGUUAUGCACUCUUUUAUUAUGUUUAGCUACUGCUCACUUGUGAUUCGUCGGCGUGCACGGUCUGUUCGAGUUUCUACCCUGUUAUUAGUAGAGGGUUUUGCGAGUUUGUUCGUUUAGUGGUCCAAUGCGGGUGCUUUCU